UUGACCCCCCUCGCACUCCCCUUUCCCGGUCUUCUCCCCCGCCUCGGCCGAAACAUUUCCCAUCUUCAUCUUCAUCUCCAUCUCCAUCAUCAUCUUCACCCUCUAUCGACCGGCUUCGCUCUCUUCGGAUACUGGUCUAUUGCAAUGUGCCUACUGGAUCCCGUCUAAGCACGGAUCCGGGAAUACUCGCGUGUUCCGACGCCAGCCUGCGCAGCACCGAUCCCGGGAUGCCGGCGGACGCGAAGAGUGCUACCUGCAAAGUAAAGCUAUGCUCCAGUCUUUGUGGCCGUUGGCUAAUGUCUGCUCGUCUCCAGCUCGACCUGACCCCGAAAUGGCUGCCUGAACCCACUCACCAGAACGCGCACCUUGACGAAUCCCAUCUUCGAUUCAAAUACAGGGCGCGGCUCGUGAUACAUGCCACCCCUGUGCCUUUGAAAUUCCCAGCACCAGGCAGAAUCUUUCAUCGAGAGCUGUGCUGGUCAAUCCUGUUCGUCGCCCAUGCUCGUGGGCCACCCGGGAAGGAGGACCGGCAAGUGGUUAUCCGAGGAAACAAAAUCGGUGCCAUGGUCGGCCCCUCGCCCGCAAUCUCUGCUGAACCCAAGAGCACUUUUGAGUUAUAUGCCCCCAGAUCCGUAAGGUUUGGGUGUGGAGUCAAUGCUCGGUGGUUUUGCACCUCCAGGUGUCGCGACCUUGUCACAAGGCCAAUACUCCAAAAACAAUCGCCGCAGCAACAACAAAUUCCCACAGAUCCCCCACUCCCUGAUUUCUGGUACUCCCGCAUCAGUUUUUUGAUGCCUGGUAACUGUGCUGUCAGUAUGGCUGAUCUAGGUCCACUCACUUUGCCAUAUCUGGCAACACCUUUGCGGCUAGCAUGUGUAAGGAUAGUGGUGGGAUGCGCAACGCGUUUCUCCCUGCAGUUGCUUCUGCUUGCUCAAAGCUCGAAAGGUUUCUAAAGCUAGCGAUUCAGACGACGACGACCCGCCUAGUACAUACUGCAGUUGUGUUGCAAAGCGCAUCAAGAAACGCCAAAUGUGAGCAUGUGAUGGAUAGAUGAAAAGCACCAUGUUGAGAGCCAUAUCGCCAUAUCGUCAUGCCACGACGUCAUCCACUUUUAUGGAUGACGGCCGAGGGAAGGAAUCCAAGCCGGCAGACAUGUGACCAUGACGACCUG